CUUUUUUUUGACAAAUCUUUCUAAUUUAUUACGGAGUAUAAUAUUUCUCUGGUCAACAUCUGACCUUCUCUUUCAGCAAUCUUCCUCUCUAAAACCCUACGCGGAAGCGAGCCAUUUUUUGCGCACUUCUACCUGAAAUCAAGAAAUUUAGUUCUCUUCUGUCCCUGAAAAUGGCAUUUUCCUCAGCUUUCCGCGGUAUUUUUGGGGGAUGUUUAACACAUUCAUCAAAUCUUGUAUCCCAAUUCGCUUCAGUUCGAUUCUGUUCCACCCUCACUACUUCAAAGCUCUUCGUCAGUGGCCUCGCAAGAUUCACUUCAGAUGAAGGCCUUCGGAAAGCAUUUGAACAAUUUGGGAAUCUUGUUGAAGCAAAAGUGAUUACUGAUAGAGCCACAGGGAGAUCGAAGGGGUUUGGAUUUGUCACCUAUGAGACAAUUGAAGAAGCUCAAAAAGCUCGUGAAGAAAUGAAUGCAAAGUACUUGGAUGGCUGGGUAAUUUUUGUUGAUCCUGCCAAGCCAAGGGAGGUUAGGCCUCCACCACCGCAGGCUGAGGAGUCAGAUAUGACAAGUUUUGGUAUCAGGAGCAACAAGACUAUUGGUUGGUCCGGUUGACUUGAGGAGGACAGACUUCUGCUUCAACAUUCUUUCUGUUUCCUACAAUGCUUUGUUUGCUAAAUAUUAUAGUUUCAAGCAUUCUUUUGGGCAUGUGUUGGGUUUCGAUGAAAGUGUACGUUGAGAAUACUCUUUAGAUUAAGAUUUAUGCAGCCAAGGAAUCUUGUAAUUGUGGAACAGCGAAAGGCCAUUGACAUGAUGAAAACAUUUAAAACAAGUAAUAUUAAAUUCUUCUUUUAGAACCAUAUUUUGAGUUAUCUACUUUUAGUAUCUGGGGAUGUUGGUCAUUUAUUUGAUAAAAGGGAG